CCGCGGGAGGGGCCGGGCCGGGCGGAACUCAAGCCCCCCCCCCCGCGGGGGUUGUGGGCCUGGCCGGGCGGCCGCUCGAGGCGCCUCAGGCGGGCGCGGGUCACGUGGCGAGCCCCCCCCCACGCGCGCUCCAACGGCCCCUCCGCCGCCGCCGCCGCCUCCCGGGAGAGCAUGGGGGCCCCUCCGGCGCUGCUGUGGCUGCUGCCAGGGCUGUUGCUGCUGCUGCUUCCCCCGCCCGGGAAAGGCGACUCCGAGCCCCAAUGUAAUUUAUAUGCUUUGCCUGGAUGCCCAAGAAACUUUAAUCCAGUCUGUGGGACUGAUGGAAAAACAUACCCAAAUGAGUGUGUACUUUGCUCUACAAACAGGGAGGAGAAGAGGAGCGUUCAGAUUUCCUACAAAGGCUCAUGUUCAUGAGACAAGCUUUGAGGGAAGACAGUACAAGUGUAACCGACUAAGAAGUGGAAACCAUAUUUUAAAAGUACCUUCCAAGCAGCUAAAAUAGAUACACUCUGUUUAGCCCCUAUCCAGCUUUGAAUAUGUUUAAUACAGCUGUUUUAUUGGGGGAAAAACGGUGUGUGGCUUCUUCAUUGGUAGGGAGAGGGAGUGCACAUGUCAUAUGUUGUUGUUUGGGAGGGUUAUGUGUUGAUGUCACAAUCUUAGGAAAUGUUUUUUAAAAUUAAAGCUUUUGUUGCAACAUAAAUGACACCGUAAACAUGUUGUGGA